AGGCUGUAGUAUGCUAUAAAUUCAACACAAAAAUUUGCCUCCUCUCUCAAGUCCUCACCUCCCUGUAAAAAAGCCCAAAAAAACUAGAGCAACGUACUCAUCAAAGGUCUUGACAUGGCGAUGGAAGAGUUACACAUGGCCGCUCUUGCUUAUUAUAACAAUAGUAACGGGGAUCUUCAGAAUAAAGCGUGGGACUUCUUCAAUUCCAUGGAUUCGAAUGGAAAUGGUCGAGUCAGCUACGAGGAGUUCAUCCACUUUUUCGGGCAAUACGGCUACAAUUGGGAAGACAGCAACUUUUACCAUAGUUUGGACCGCGACCACGACGGUUUGCUGGAUUUCUGGGAAGUCCUCACAUUGUACUACAUCUUGAAAACAAGGAGUGUGCGGUGCCAGUGCUGCUCAGCGUGCCAAUUUGGACUGUAUUUCACGUGCGUUACAUGCUUUCACAGUGCUCGCCACACCUUCGAUAUCUGUAUUGGUUGCUAUAGCGCACAGACGUACAGGCGGCAGCACGACCAUGAUGUUUUCUUGGAUAGCUACGUGUUGCUGCGCUCCAAGAAAGGGCCUCCUCCUGGUUUGCCAGAUCUGAAUCAGGCACUAAUUCCUGUUCAACCAAAUGUUGUUAUAAAUGCACCAGAAAGGCCGAGGUGGUGGACAGCACUUACAGCAUUGGAAUCGGCGAUAGCGGUGAUAAGCAUAGGGAGUUCGAUCUCUUCAUUACUAAGUUGUAGCAUAAUGUGAUAUGAUUAAUUACGAGAAAAUUGGAGUACAAGAAUUACCACUAGUUGCCAUAAAUGAAAGGGCAUGGCCUCCAUACUAAAUUUAUAUCUUAUAAACUUCAUCUAUGCUGAAGGGUUUGUAACAAUAGCAAAUUCAUGGUCCACAAGAAAUUUAAUUUGUCUGAAAUUUCCGGCCAA